GUGCGCGUCGUGUUAUGGACGUGCCGGCUUUUCAGCUCCCAGAAUCGCAGAAUUUACCGAAUCAAACGCUCAAACGUGGAUUACCUUUGCCCUAAAAAAAGAAAAAAACCAACGAAAGAAUAAGAAACAUCAAAAAAACUGUCAAGUGAAUCGAAAAACAUCGAGUUGAACAAACCCACAAAGUGCGCGAAAUGUUGAGCUACGUGUAAAAGCGAUUUAAAGGAUCCUAUAACUCUGUGAGAUUCCGAAUCCAAAAGAUACGAAUCGAGAAAGAAAGUGGCUAGUGAUCCCAUAGAAUUCGGAGAGUUCUAAAACGACGAAAAUCGUUCUGUUACUUGAGUGCAAAAGUUACAACCACAAGAUGACAAGAAGACGUUCGAGUCCGCCGGGACUCGAGGAGCUGCUGUAUCUGGCACUCGUCCUGCUGGCCAUGGUCCUGAUACCCACACAAGCCGCCCCGGUUCAGGAAUAUACGGAGAUCCAACAGUAUUCGGAGGGCUGCUACUACAACUAUGCGCAUUACCAGGAGGGCGACCGCAUCAUGACCAAUGAGCCGUGCCUCAACUGCACCUGCCACAAUCGCAUGCUGAUGUGCUACCUGCGCGUCUGCCCCUUCACCAAGCCCAUUGGCCACGACUGCAUCGUGGAGAAGCGGGAGGACCAGUGCUGUCCCAUCAUCACCUGCCCAGAAGUACCCGUGGAUGUGCCCUAUCACUCGCCGGAACCUGGAACCGAACUGAGCAUCCCCGAGAAGUUCGGCUGCAGCAUCGAGGAGAAGUUCUACCCGGAGGGCGCCCAGGUGCCAUCGAACCCGAAUAAACCCUGCGAACUCUGCUAUUGCAUCAACAACCAGACCAAGUGCGUCAUGCAGGAGUGCACACUGCAUGUGGAUGGCUGCCUGCCCAUCUACAACAAGGGAUCCUGCUGUCCAGUGCGCUACAGUUGCGACCACGAAAACGAGCUGGACUUUGUGGACCAGUCGACCACUACGACCACCACCACAGUGCGACCCACCACUGGCUUUAUCCUGGAGAGCACCAUGACGCCACCAACCACGAUGGACUGCAUCCACGACGGAGAGACUUACGCCGACGGAGCCUCGCUGAAGGGCAAGAAUGCCUGCGAGCACUGCUACUGCAUGCGUGGUGACAUCGUUUGCGCCGUCCAGGAGUGCGAGGUGCCCAUGAUGGCGGCCAACGGAAAGUCCUGCAAGGCGAUGCCAGCCGCCGAGGGCGAGUGCUGUCCGAGCAACUACGUCUGCGAGGACGACAGUGCCACCACCGAAAUCGUUGAGAUCACCACGCAGCCAGCCAAGGGCAUUCACGCCGAGAUUCCCAAGGAGGAUGUGGAUCUGCAGGAGCACAUCGACGACGAGGAGAAGGAUCAGGAGAAGGAGACUGCUACCGAUAUUCCGUCCGCAGAACUGGGAAGCGGUGAGGUUGAAGACGAGGAGGAGGAUGAGAAGGAGCAGAAGGUUACCACGGCGGCACCAGUGCACGACGUCACCGAUGAGAAGGACUUCUCCUUCGAACCCGAGUCCUCCACCGCCGGCAUUGCCUCCGAUUCCAGGAUCGAUGUGCCGUCGUCCACUGAGGAGACCAAGGAGUCGUCUACCGAAGCCGCCGAGGAGGAGAUCGUCAAGGUGGUCACUACUCCAGAGCCCGAGGGUAGCGGAGAGCCUGCCCAGAUUCCCGAGAAGGAAGUCACCGAGGAUGAACUCAUCAAGGUCAGCACUUCCGCUCCAGCUAAGGCCAGUCCCGAGGAGGAAGUGGUCGAGGCCACCACCGCCACGCCAACGGAGGAAGAGGAUGUCAAGCCCACGACAAGCGAAGAACCCACCUCCGCUGAGGAAGGAAGUAGCGAAGAGGAGAAGGAUGUCAAGGUCACCACGGCGGCUCCAGAGGAAACUCAAGAGGAGGGCAAACCCACUUCCGCUCCAGUGGCCAGUGAUGAGAAGGAACCGGAAUCCAAGCCUACCGAAGGCAGCGGUGACGAAGAACAGGAAAUCAAACCCACUUCUGCCCCGGCGGUGGGAGAAACGGAAGAGGAAGCCACCCCAGCUCCCGAAGAGAGUGAGGAACAGGAAGAAGGCAAGCCCACUGAAGCUCCAUCAGCCAUCGAUGAUGUGGAACCAGCCAAGCCCACUGAAGCCUCAGAGGAAGCCAGCAGCGAGGGAGAAGAGGAGGCUGUCAAGGCAACCACACCUGCUGGAGAAGCCAGCAUUGCGGGUGAAGAGGAGAUCAUUCCUGGAACUAUUUCUCCCAGCAUCGAAGAAGAAGAGAUCGUCAAGGCAACCACUCCUGCCGGAGAAUCCAGCAGCGAAGGAGAGGAGGAGAUCGUUAAGGAAACCACGCCUGCUGGACAAGUUAGCAGUGAGCCCGAAAAGGACAUUGUUAAGGAAACCACUCCUGCUGGAGAACCCAGCGAGGAAGAGGUCGCCAAGGGAACUACGCCUGCUGGAGAACCGAUCAGCGAAGAAGAGAUCGUCAAGGCAACCACACCUGCCGGAGAAUCAAGUAGCGAGGGUGAAGAGGAAGUCAUCAAGGCCACCACUUCAGCUCCUAAAGCCGAUGUCGAAGGCGACAAGGAACCAGAUACCGCCACGGAAACUCCAGUUAAAGAGGUGGAGGACUUCGCCAAACCCACAACACCAAUCGCUGAAACCGAGGAAGAAGAACCCCUUGCCGGAACACCCAUUCCAACCGAAGAUGUCAGUGCCGAAGAGGAGAUUGUCAAGGCCACCACACCAAAGACUUUGGGAGAGAAACCCGAAGAAUCAACCGAGUUGCCUGUGGAAGAGGGUGACCUCCUCCCCAGCUCGACCAGUGCUCCAGGAAUUGCUUCCUCUACCGAAGGUGUCCAGGAGACUUCCGAUGAAACCACUAGCAAUGCACCUGCCCGAGCUGGCGACAAGGAUGAAGCCGGCGAGGCUACCGAGGCCACUCCCGAAGACAAGGAACCCGAGGAGGUUGAACAGGAUGCCACCGAUUUGCCAGUCGAAGAUGCUGUCCAGAGCACAACUGCAAAGACCACAACCACCGAGGAGCCUAAGGAGGAGUCCUCUACUGAGGCCGAGGAAAUCGAAUCCUCUACUGCCAGCCCUGUUGACAAACAAGAGGUGCCCGAAAAGGAUGAGGAACAGACCAGCACUGAACUCCCAGUCAAAUCUGAUCAUGUGCCACCUGUUGUCGAUGCCGAAACCGCUACCAGUCAGCCCGAGACCAGCGAUGAAGCCGCUACAGAUAAGCCAACCUCUGUUUAUCUGCCUCCCGCUGGAGAUAAGGAUUCUGCGGAAGAUUUGGGAGCUGCCACCGAGCCCUCUGUCGAAGAGGAACCAGCUAAGACCACUCCAGUGCCCCAAGAAACCCCAUCCAGCACUGCCAAUCGCAACGACUUCGAGACUGAGAAGCCCGAGGAUCAGAGCUCCUCUGCCGAACCCCUGCCCGUCAUGGAUCUGCCCGCUGUUAUUCCCGGCGAAGGCGAUUGCCUGGUGGAGGGCAAGACCUAUGCCAACAACACCAUCGUUCCUGCCACCGCUCCUUGCGACGUCUCCUGCCGAUGCAUCAGCAGCCUGGUGGCCUGCCAACAGAUGGAGUGCAAGCUGCCCGAGAACCUGGAGAAAUGUACCGUGGCUGCCGAUCUUGUGGAUGGUUGCUGUCCCACUUACGUCUGUGAUGAGAGCACUGAGAGCGCUGAGAAGGAGCAGGACUCUACUGCCAAGCCCGCGGACAAGAUUGACGAGGAUGUCUCCGAGAUCAGCACCGAGCAAAUUCCCGAGGAUGUCGGCAUGCCAUCUGGUAUUACUGAACUGCCUCUUUCUCAUGUCAAGCCCGAGGAAGAGAUCGUGCCAGUGACCUCUGUUCCUCAGGUGGAUGAAGCUACAACUGCUAAGGUUGAUAAGAAACCAGUUGAAGAAUCCGAAGAGGAUAAGAAACCCAUUGAAGAAUCCGAGGAAGAUAAGAAACCAGUUGAUGAGUCUGAAGAAGACAAGAAACCAAUUGAAGAAUCCGAAGAGGAUAAGAAGCCAAUUGAUCAAUCCGAGAAGGAUAAGAAACCAGUUGAAGAGUCCGAAGAGGAUAAAAAACCAGUUGAAGAUUCAGAGGAGAAGGAGAAGCCUUCGCCUGCUGUCACUCCGGCUAGUGAAAUCGAAGAGGAAACCCAGAAACCACUUGAAAAGGAACCCAAACCCGAGGAGGAGCAAGGUGAAUCCGCGGCAGCCACUGAGCAGCCAGAGGCUUCCACUCCAUCCCAGUUUGCCGACGAUGCCGAGAAGGAGGCUGACGAUAAAUUGGCCACCACAUCUGCACCUAUUUCAAGUGAAGAAGAGCCCAAGCCAGUCGAUGAAAAGGAACCCAGUGAAGCUGAGCCAAUCCCAGAACCCGAAAUCCCUGCUAGCACUGCUCAGCCCGAGAAGGAGUCCCCAGAGACCUCGACUGAACUGCCAACUGCUGAUCUGGACAAGAAGCCAGAGGCUGAGGAACCAACCUCAGCCACUGAGGCCCCAGAAUCCGACAAGAUUCCUGAAGUUUCAACUAGCGCUCCAGCUGGAGAAGAGAUUGAAGAAUCUGACAAGAUCACUACUGUUGCUCCAUCGAAGACUUCUGCUGCUGAUGAAACCGAACCAGCUAGCGAUGAAGAUAUCGUCCCCGCCACCUCUGUGCCCGUUGAAAGCGAACUGGAAGUUAGCACCCAGAAGCCAGACAUCCAAGGACCUCCUCUACCCACUCUUGCCCCAACGCAGCCCGAGAAGAAACCAGUCGAGGAUGAGAGCUCCACUGAAGCCGACAUCAGCACUGAACCAAGCGCUGAAGUUGAAAAGGAAACCUCCGAUGAGACUUCCGAGGCUGACAAUGAAAUCGAAGGUGAUGCUACUCGUGCUCCUGUGUCUGCUGAUGAGGACAAGACCCCGAGCACUGAAAAGACCGUUGAGGCCGGAGAAAAGGACACCACAGUUGCCCCAGCUGUUGGCGAUGAAGAGGAGUCCAAUCUGCCCAAGCUACCCCAAGAUAUCUUUGAAGAAGAACAGCCUGCCGCAGUUACUACCCCAGUUCCAACGAAGGAAGAAGAUGAAAAGAAACCCAUCGAAGAUGGAGAGAAACCAGUCGAAGGAGAACAGAAGCCCUUUGAAGACGAGACCUCUACAUCUGCUUCAGCUGAAAAUGAGAUCGAGCCUGAGUCUAAUCGUACAACCACUGCUGCUCCUGCUAAGCCAGAGUCUGCCCAGCCAUCCACUGAAUCUCCUGAAUCUGAAGUGCCCACAACCGUUGCUCCAGGUGAUGACAAGCUUCCAACAAGCAGCAUCACUUCCGAUGAGGAACCCACUGCCACUUCUGCUCCUGUUGCCAAGCCUGAUGAAGAUUUAGAGAAGGAGACCGGUGUUGAAACCGCUACCUCUGUUCCAGAUUCUUCUGAAGAGGAGGUUAAGGAAACAUCCACGGAUCUGACUCCAUCUCAGGUGGCCGAAGAGAAACCCGAGGCUCCUGCCAAGACUCCAGAGGAGGAAGAGGAAGCUGUUGGUGCCACUACUGCUCCAACGACCGCUGCUGAAGUACCCGCUAUCCAGAGACUGCCCGAGGAAGUCCUCGCUGAGAUUCCCCAAUCUUCGACUGAGACCGGAACUAAACAGGAGGAUGAAACUACUGGUGCUCCAAGUGUUGACCAGAAGGAACCUGCUGUCACCUCAAUCCCAUCUGCUGAGAUCGAUGAGGAGGCCACCACAGUCGCUCCCAUCUCUGAGAAGGAUGAGAAGCCAACUGAGGGAGAGAAACCAGAGGAGGAGAAACCAACUGGUGAAGAAAAACCUUCUGAGGAAGAGGAGAAGGAGAAGCCCACAGAACAGGAGAUUACCACUGAGGCUCCUGCCAAGAUUGCCACCCCCGAAGAUAAGGUUGAAGCUCAGGCUGCCUCCACUGAGGCUCCCGAGGAGGGAUCUACUGAAUCUUCUGAAGAAAUCGAGCCGUCUACUGAAGGAUCUGCUGAAGAAGACAAGCUGCCUUCACCCACGUCCCAGACUCCAGUUGAGAAGAUUCCCGAAGUCUCCACCGAGCUGCCAACUGAAGCCGAGAAGCCUACAACCGUUGCCCCUGUGGCAGCCGAUGAGGAUACCUUCGCUCCUUCCGACGAAAAGAUUCCCUCAGUUUCCAGUGAGGAAGACGAGAGCCCAGAAGUCACCACUGCCUCACCACAAGCAGCUGGAGGUGAUGAGACCAAGACACCUUUCGAAGUUGAACCAUCUUCCACUGACAAGGUGCCCGCCACUGAAGAAGAGAAGCCCGUGGAAGAAGAGAAACCUGAGUCUGCUACCCAAGUGCCUGAUUUGUCAGAGGAGGCAGUACCUUCGUCCACAUCUGCUCCAGUUGCUGGCGGAGAAACCGAAAAGGAGGAGGAUGCAACCACUGCCUCGCCUGUCGAGGAAGAGGGAGAAGAGAUCAAGCCAACCACCGCUCCAUCUGCUGAGAUUCCUGAAGCAUCCGAAAAGGAGCCUACCCAGGAUGAACAAGAAGUGGAGGUCACAACGAAGCCCAGCAUCGAAGAAUCUGAAGAGCAACCAAUCGAUGAGACUGUCCCCGCAACUUCCGGACCCAGCGAAGAAGCCUCCACAGCCGUUCCCAGCAAGGAGGAAUCCAGCACGGAACCUCAGAAGAAGCUGGAGAUUGAUGUCACCACUGCUGCCAGCCCAGCUUCGCCUGCUGUUCCCGAGGACGAUGAAACUAAGGAUGCCACCACUGUUCAACCCGAGGUCGCCGAUGAGAAGGAAGUGGCUGCUCCUCAGGACGACAGCAAGACUUCCAUUGAGGUGUCCACCGAUUCUCCCAUCGCCCCAGAGGAUGAGGAACAAGACAAAACCGAGGCUCCUGUGGUUCCCACCACCGUUGCAUCGCCUGCCGCUGAUUCCACUGCUGAUUCCACUACUCCUUCAGUGGGUGUUCCUUCUGCCGUUGAUAUCGACACGAAGCCCAUGGAAGAAGUCAUGUCCCAGACCAUUGAUCCGCAUGCCGCCGAUGAGUCUGCGUCCCCAUCCGCCGAGGAUGAAGACCAGUCUCCAGUUACUGUGUCUCCUCAGGAUGCUGACAAGACUCCAGUUACCGUGGCUCCCGAGGAUGCUGAUAAGACUCCAGUUACUACCGCUCCCCAGGAUGCUGAUAAGACUCCGAGCUCAGAGGCUCCCCAGGAUGCUGACGAACUCCCAGCUACCGCUGCUCCUCAGGAAGAAGACAAGAUCCCAGCUACCGCUGCUCCUCUGGAUGAUGAGAAGAUUGGAUCUACCGCUGCUCCUCUGGAUGAUGAGAAGAUUGCAUCUACCGCUGCUCCCCUUGAUGAAGAAAAGGUUCCAUCAACCUCAGCUCCCCUUGAUGACGAAAAGAUUCCAUCAACCUCAGCUCCACUGGAUGAUGAGAAGAUUCCUGCUUCAAUUGCUCCUGCUGUCUUCGACGUGGUUGAGCCAAGCAGCGAGAAGCCUACUGUUUCUGAGGACGUUGGUGAAGAGAGCACCGAAUCAGCUGUCGACGAUGCUGAGGAUAGCACUGAUGAGCCCACAGCUGAUGCCAAACUGAAGCCACCCACUGCAGCGCCCGCCGUUCCAUCAGAAUCUCCAGUCACCGAAUCGGAGAUUGUGCCAGAAACCGCAGCACCAGAGGUCGAGAAGGAGGUGCCAGAGAAGUCCACUGAACAGCCAGAGACUACUGACGAGAAGACCACUCCGGAGCCAGUCGUUAAGCCCAGCUUGGAUUCCACCGAGGAGGCAGAGGAGUCCGUUGAGUCCGAGGAGGAGCACGCUCCAGUCACGGAGGCAGCCGACAAGGAGGACGAGAGCAAGGAGACUGAGAAGGAGGAGCCCGAGGUUCCCGCCGUUGUUUCGGAGAUUCCUCAGCCAAGUGAAGAGGCUGUUCCCACCACUGGUCACCCACUGUUCCCACACCUGCCCAGCAGCUCCACCAAGGCGCCAGCCAUCGAUGAUCGCGUUGGCGAGGAGGAUGAAGAGAACACCACCGCCAAAUUGAGUAGUUCCAGCACCACAGAGGCUCCUGUUACCACCGCCGCUCCAUCCACGACGACGGUGGCCAGCCAACAGCAACAGCCCAUCACCCCGCCGCCCUACGGCCACGCCCCCGAAUACGAGGACGAGUACGACGAGGAGGAGGUCUUCGGACCCGGCACCUGCCGCUACGCCGGCAAGCUCUACGUGUCCGCCCAGCAGAUUCCACGUGACGAUCCCUGCGACUUCUGCUUCUGCUUCCGCAGCGACAUCAUCUGUCUGCAGCAGUCGUGCCCGCCGCCAAUCGCCGGCUGCCACGAGGAGCCCAUCUCCGGCUUCUGCUGUCCGCGCUACGAGUGCCCCGUGUCCAUGGCCGCCGUGCUGAACAUCACCACGAGCACGACCACCACCAGCACCACCCUGCCGCCCCACUUCCUCCACUACUCGCACGGCGAGGCGGUGAAGCACACCGGCUGCCUGAUCAACGGCCGUUCCUACCGCGUGGGCGAGCAGAUCGAGUCCACGAGCGGUCCCUGCAUCAGCUGCACUUGCGGCGGUGACGGCAAGAUGAAGUGCGAUCCCCAGCAGUGCGUCCCAGAACCCACCAUGCAGCAGGUGAUGGCCGCCGUGGCGUCGGGACGCAAGAGAUGAACCACCAGCCAUGCUCACUAAAUAUAAUUUAACUAAUUCUUAAGCACUGCAGACAACAAUCACGAACCGACGAACCAACCAGCCCAGAUAGCACCACUCGCCAAUAUAGAUCAGCCACCACUAGACCAUCAGAGACCAGGAACCAGAAACCACAAACCAGAAAUCAGAAACAGAAUCUUGAAACUAGAAACUAGAAAAUAGGUGCCAAGCCAAGCCAAGCCAAGCCAAAAGCAAUAGGACCAGAGAUGCAAUAGUGUUCAUUUGGGUUUGCCGACAUUCGCAAUUCGCACUCUUUCAAUUGGACUACGCCCACUUGUUUCGGAUUAGGUUACGGUGACGAAGCAACCAGUGAUAUUGUACUGUAUACAUAGUAUAGGUGCAAUUAAUUUAGACGCGCUCACUUAAAACGAUUACUUAUUUGUAUGUGUACUAGUAUUUUGGGCUUGUGACCCUAGUGACAGGACAUAUAGCCACCACCACAGCAGCCGACGUAGCGCGUGCCUUGUAAGGUCGUUCAUUGUGCCCGCCGCCAUACAAUCGCUUUCAGGAGACUCUCACAUAUAGUAAAUACACCAUGCAAUAUGUAUAGCGAUAAUAUUCCGGAACCGGAUCGCAAUCAAUGGCGUUACGAAGCCACGGCAUUCGGCCGCCGGAUCGGAUUCUACGCACACUUGCCCCUCCGGCGGCUCACUCUUCUCCAAUGCGCUUUUAUAGUAUUUUAGUCACCUUAUUUUAAACAUUAUUAUUUUUGUGUAUAAUUGUUGCUUCUAGUCUUCUUUUGUUGCAAGAGCAACGGAAUCCGCCUGUAACACGCGCACAACCCGAUCAAAUGAGAUCAGAUCGGAUCGGAUCGGACCAGUUGAAUCAAAUUGAGUUGAGUUGAGUUGAGAAACUGUAUCUUCUACGAACUAUUCCAAGCUUUCAUACUUUUAUAUACAAAAAGAAAAAAACAACGUGUAGAGUGGAGAAACGAACGAACUAGUUUUUAUAGCAAUUUUACAAACGAACGCACGAAUUGCAUAGUUUUAACGGAUUGAAUUUGUACUUCGCCCGCUGCACCUGCGCACUUGUGCACCAGUGCCAGGUGCAAACGAGGUGGCCAAACCGUAGUCUACAUAGAAUUUUUAGAUCAACUGAAACUGAAACGGAAACGGAAACUAAAUACGGAACCGCAAAUAAACUAUGGCUACUGCUCGACUGACUGAAGAUCGCACAGAUCGAUGAUAGGAGGAGUUACCUUUGUAAACUAUUUUUUUUAACUACCAGCUGCCGCGCUGGUGAUUACUUUAUUGGUCGUAGAAUAGAACGAAUCGCAGGGAUCUUCAGUCACUUGAGCCUUAGCAAUACGCCGUAAUCUUCGCGCGUCGUCCCAACCACGCUGAACGAUUACGAACAUCAAUUAGUUUUAUAUAAUCCCUAAAGAUAGUUGUAGCCCUAAGUAUUUAAUUUUAAAAAUAAAUAAAUAAAUUUAAAUUUAGAUCUUAUUUAUUUGAUAUGUCUUUUAAGAACAGCUCUUGUGUUUCCAUACCUUAUCAUAAUUUAUAUGCAGCUAUUCUUUGUAAUCUAAUAAAUAAAUACAACGCUUUUUAUUGAAAUGUAAAA